AUGGAGGACAUUGCUUUCUUCAACCAUGAGUUCCCGCUGAGCAUGGGAGUCUCUGUGGCCAAGCACAGGCUAGAGAUACUCAAGCUUGCCAAGAAGGAAAACGAGGGUGGUGGUCACCGCCACCACCCAAGGUCAAUUUCAAGGCUCGGCUGGGCGCUCAUCAAAACCAAGAAGUGUUUCAGCAAGUACUUUACAAGAUUGGCUUUCCAAGAGAACGAGAUGUCAUCGUCCCCCAGGCAUGUGGCUGAUCAACCAGAGAAGUAUCAAGAGCAUUGGGGACGAAGUCUGGUGAGGAAGCCAAAGGGUCAUGAGGGGGUCAAAACUGCUAGGAGCAUUGCUCUAUCGGGUCUGUUGGAUAUGAGGAUUCAUGAGAGGUUGAUGAUGGCCCCUAACCCUAAGAGCUUGAAGCUAUCAGGACCCUUAACUCGAAGGUCAACGAGAGGCUCAUCAAAUAGAAGCCCCAAGGCAUCUGGACUGUUCGAUGGACGGUCAUAUGAUCGGCUGAUGGUGACGAAGAAUAGGAGCCCGAAGCUGUCCGGACCGCUUGAUGGAAGAGUCACUCCAUAUGAGAAGGAACGGGUGGACGUUGAUUUUGAUGACCAUUCUCUUUGGACUGCUAUGUUUCAGGAUAUAAAACCCACUUGA